AUGGGUGACACACUCACCGACCUCUAUGCCAUUCCUUCACCCGAGCAACUCGACAUCCGCAAAGCCAGCAUCAUUAGCACAGACAGUUACACGGAUGAAAGGCUUGACUUCUGCCCCGUGGGCCUAAAGCAGAAAGAGCCGAAUUUUGGGCUUCUCUUUGACAUCGACGGAGUUCUGCUACGUGGCGCCACUCCAAUACCGGAGGCGCUUUUGGCUAUGGACUUGCUGAAGGGACGCAAUGGCAAACUCCGGGUGCCGAUCGCUUUUGUGACGAACGCCUGUGGAAACGCGCAAGCAAAGGUGGAUCAGCUGUCAUCCAUUUUCAACAUUGACCUGCAACCAGAACAAGUGAUAUUCGCGCCCAGCCCCUUCCAGAGUUUUACCCAUUGGCAUGACAUGCGGGUGCUGGUGGUGGGCCAAGGGGACAUGAAGAAGAUCGCGGAAGAUCUCGGAUUCAAAUAUGUCUACACCAUGGAGCAAGUUGCAGAGGCUUGGCCCCUCCUCGAUAUGGUGAACCACGAAAACCGCAAGAUUGUGGCCGAAGGAUACAAGGAGAACAAAGACUUUCCACAAAUUGAAGCUAUCGUGCUGAUGGGGGAGCCUGUUCAAUGGGAGAUGUACUUGCAAUUGCUCAUUGAUCUACUAAUGACAAAUGGAAAGCCGGACCACAAACCUGAAGCCAGCCCAAAGAACCAUCUACCUGUUUUAGCCUGCAACAUGGAUCUCCUUUACAUGGGUCAGGCCUGCAUGCCCAGAUUUGGACAUGGUGCCUUCCUCGUCUGCUUGGAGUCACUCUACGAACGAGUUUCGGGCUAUCCCUUGAAGUACACGGCCUUGGUUGGUAAGCCGAGUGAAAUCACCUACCGAUUCUCGGAGCACAUAUUGAGCAAGGCUGCUAAGCGCAUGGGCAUCACACGACCUCUCAGGAAAAUCUACUUCUUCGGGGACAAUCCAGAAGUGGACAUCCUGGGUGCCAACCUGUACAAUAUGUACCUGCGUCGCUACCGCCGUCUGUCUGGGGGACGGGAUGUCUCCGGCCCCGAGCAAAGUCAGUUGCACAUGAAGGCUGCUGUCGCCUCUUCCCGCACUGUCCCGGCCGACGCCACAUUCCUCCCGCAAACCUGCCGAGGAGUUGAGUCAAUUCUCGUGCAGACAGGUGUCUACAAGCCCGGUGAUCGUCAGGCGAAGCGUUCAAAGCCACUGCAUUGUCAUCGCGACUUCAUGGGUGCAGUUGACCUCAUUUUGCCGAGCUUUGAAGCGACUAACGUGCUGGAGGGUAUUAAGCUCCUCCUCGUCGAGGAGUCUUUUGAUCCAAAGUUACCCUGA